CAUUGUCAUUUUGUUUGAUGACUGACGUUCUUUGUCAGGAUUCAAUAUAGAUUUCAUCUCCCCUUGCAAGUUGCAAAUGUAUUAUUGUGAAGUCGGUACUGAACUGUUUUGAACAAAAGUAUAAUUAGAUAUUAGUGCACAACUCUUUUGUUUGCUAUAUACUUAUUUAUUGAACAGUAAAUAUAUUUCUGUAUAGCAAAUGUGUUCGUGUGUGCUGCGAAAAUAAAACAGUAACGUAAUAAAGAUUACCUGACCUUUGUGUUUAUCUACAAAAAUUAUUGUAGAAUUAAUUUCUAUGGAGGGUAUAACUCCUUCGCCAGAGGAUACAACAUGUUCGGAAGGGGAGGAGGAACAGAAAAUCCGUGUGAAUCUACCGACCCGAGAAAACGGCCAAGGAUAUUCGCAACAAUCGACCUCGUACAAUACAUUGCAUCAAAUGGAGGAAAAAAUGAGGCGGAAACUGCAGUUUUUCUUCAUGAAUCCAAUCGAGAAAUGGCAAGCAAAGCGUAAGUUUCCUUACAAGUUCGUAGUCCAGGUGAUUAAGAUUGUUCUGGUCACAUUCCAGCUCUGUUUGUUUGCACACAAUCGUUACAACCACGUCAACUAUACGUGGGAUAACCGCAUCAGCUUCUCUCACCUCUUCCUCCAAGGCUGGGACUCCACGCGAGAGAUAAACGCAUACCCACCCGGUGCAGGCCCUCUGGCUGUAUACAAAAUAGAUGAGUUCUACAGCACGCUAGAUUUUGCAUAUGCUGGUUAUUCCAACUUAUCUAAUGCAAUAGGACCAUAUUCAUAUAAUGAUGAAAGUAACAACAUGCCUGACCCUGUAUUCUGCCAGUAUAACUACAAACAAGGCGACAUAUUUGGUUUCAACGAAAGUUAUCAAUUCAAUUCUGAGAUAGUGGAAACAUGCAUAAAUUUUACUAGGAAAGGCAAUGAAGUAUUUGAUUCUGAAUUGUUCAUAAAGGAAGCUGGAUUGAUAUAAAUUUUUCAGCUCAUCAGAGCAAAAUUGAUGUUUUCAAUUAAGACUAUAAAUUUCAGAGCCGCUGGUCCAAUUACCCCACCAGAUUGCUACAGAUUUGAUGUUGAAAUCAUUUUUGAUAAUGAAGACCAUGACGGUCAAAUGUCAUUGAUCCCAGAAGCCGAACCUUACAAAUUAGAGUGCAAGGGUGACACAGCAUAUAUAACAGACAACAAAAUUGACCAGAUAUUACGUAGUACAUUGAAUAUCCUAGUAAUUAUCUGCGCUGUAUCUUUCGUGCUAUGCAGUCGUGCUAUCUACAGAGCACAGUUGUUAAAGGAACUGACCGUACAAUUCUUCCAAAGAACAUACAACAAAGACCUUAGUCUAGAUGGAAGACUAGAGUUUCUGAAUGUCUGGUACAUCAUGAUUAUUGUCAAUGAUUUACUGAUCAUCAUGGGUUCAGCUAUAAAAGAACAAAUAGAACGGAAUCAAUUCACUAAUGACCAGUGGAAUGUGUGCUCACUGUUCCUUGGCACUGGUAACUUACUGGUCUGGUUUGGAGUAUUGAGGUACUUAGGCUUCUUCAAGACGUACAAUGUAGUAAUACUGACAUUGAAGAAAGCUGCACCAAAGAUAUUUAGAUUCUCGAUUUGCGCCCUACUUUUAUAUGCUGGUUUUAUGUUCUGUGGUUGGUUAAUACUCGGCCCUUAUCACAUGAAGUUCCGUUCGCUAGCAACGACAUCCGAAUGUCUAUUCUCCUUGAUAAACGGAGACGAUAUGUUCGCAACAUUCUCUAUUAUGUCAAAGAAAUCACCGAUGCUGUGGUGGUUCAGCCGUGUGUAUCUCUAUUCCUUUAUAAGCUUGUACAUUUACGUUGUACUGAGUUUAUUCAUAUCAGUCAUAAUGGAUGCUUAUGAUACAAUUAAACAGUAUUACAAAGAUGGAUUCCAGAGUGAUUUGCAACAGUUCAUAGAGGCUAAUAUUGAAGAAGUAUCGUCCGGAUUGUCGACACAGAGUUCUACAUCAUUAAAUGCAAUAAUGAAUUCGUUAUGCUGUUGUAAUGUGUACAGAAGUGCUUAUGCGAAAAUUGGUAGUGGUGGUUCAAAUAUUAAUUUGUUAUAGGCUUCUCAUUGUUGACUAACAGUUAUGUACAGCAUAUUGUAAAUAAUUGUUAAGUACUUACUCAUUAUCUUAAGUAUUUGUAUAUUUGAUGUCAUCGCAGCAUUUCUAUGCAGCAGCUGAAUGUAUGAAUCAUAGUUUAUUGAGGGUUCAACAGAUGAAGUCGCAUUGAGAAAUAAAAUUUGAUAGUAAUGGAAACACAUGAAGCAUAUGACCGAUAAAUUAAUAACAGAAACAGUUUAUGUUAAUUUAAAUUAACAUUUUUAUAUAUACAGAAGACUUAUAUUAGAUAUUGAGUUCAAUAACAAAUGAAUUUUUAAUUUAUUUUCUUAUUCACUGCUUCAUCGGAACUGACCCUUAAAGUUAUGAAUUUUUAAAGUUUAUUUAGGACAUUUAUUUGGAGUAAUUUUGCAUGUAUAUGGAUUACAUUAUUGAAGUUUCUAUGUGGAUUAUUUUUUAACUUUUAAAUGUUAUCUAUCAAAUCUACUAUAAUAUUCUUAAAUGUUUAAGAAUGAAAUCUAUUAGUACCCACUUCUACAUUUAGUACACAUAUCUUAUCUUGUUUAAACUGAGUAGUUCAGUCUAAAGUUGGUAGUUGGGACUUUGGAAGAUAAAAUCGCUCUUCAUAAAUUAAUAGUAAAAUUUAAGGUGGACUUUAUAUUUUAUUAAAUAUUUUCUAUUCUUAAUUUCGAUAUGAAAGCUCUGCUCGGUAAAACCCUAUGCGCACUUACUAAUUCCAUGCAUUAGCUUAGUAUUGAGCUGUGGCAAAGGGUCUAUAUGACCCUGAUCCUGCCAGCUUCCCUGUAUGUACAAUCUAAUUAUCAUUGGAAUGAUUUUCAGACCACAUUCAUACAAAUUAGUACCAAGUCGAGUUCUCUUUUAGAAAAUUUCACCUUUCGCCACUAGUUUUGAGCAUAAACCAUUAGUAAAAUUAGUUUUAGUAAUAUUUUAUAUAAUUGCUUAUGUUUUCUCUUUGAAAGUGAUUUCUCGCUAUGUGUAAUAAGAAUUAAUUACCAAGUAUAUUAAUUUAUUUUUGAAGUUUAUUAUGAAAACCAGUUCAUGUAAAUUGACUUGCCAGGUAAAUUCAUGGAUAUAUUAAUGAAUUAUAUUUUAUGAUAUAAGAGGCCCUAACACCAAUAUUUUGCUGUGAUUUGCUAUUUGAAAAAUUAAUAGCAGUAGCAGAUAUCAAAUAGCAGUUUUCUAGUACUGUACACAUAAAAAUAUAACAAAAACAUUAUUAUAAUAAAAUCAAAAAUCAAACUACAGCAAGAGUUUCUAAAAUGGAGGUCUUAUAUUGAAUGCUAAACGUCAGUUAUAUCUUCGUCCAGUUAAAUAAGAAUUAUGCCAUUACCAUAAGAACAUUUAAGAUUUUGUAUGCAAAUAUAAAUUUAGAUUUUAUAGUUAAUCAUUCACAAAUAAUAUGAUAGCAUGUUAGAAUGUAUUUAUUACUUUUUUAGUCACAACUAUUUUAUAUUAUAGAUACAUUCAUUUGUAUGUCUAUAUAUUUUAUUUAUGUUAUUUCUCAAACAUUUUUCUUAAAAAAUGGUUAGUGAGAAAGAUAAUUUACAUUGCAGUUUGCGUCAGAUUAUUUAGAGAUACCUUUAAAAUAAUUUGAUCUUAUUUAAUUACAGUGUGAUCAUUUAUCAUUUAAAUUGUAGUAAUCAUAUUUGGCAAAUAUUAAUAAAUAAUACAUUAUAUACUCAUGUUUAGAACAUAUACUUUCUGUUGAUAUCUAUAUUGAUUGAAGACUGUAGGAGACCCUAAAGAAAAAUAAAUAAAUGUCAAAUAUGGAUUAUAGACUGAAUAAAACUUAUUGGUAUUAACGGUGAGUACGAAGGAAUAAAAAUAAUGCUCUGUAGUAUUAUUUUAAUUUUGUGUUUAUUACAUUCUAAAAAAUGCCCAAUAGCUAUUCUAUAGAUGACUUACCAACUAACUUGUUUAUGUUGUUCAUACAACUAAAAAUUAAAUUUAAAAUGUGUAGGCAAUAAAUAAACUAAUAACAGUUUUUCGGCAUAAUAAAUAUAUAUAAUAAUAUAUUUUUUAAUAAACUUUGUUUUUCUGUAUCUACCCAUUGUUCGGUAAGCACAUUGUUUAUUUAGCAAUACUAGAUUUUUAUUUAGUCUAUCCAAUAAAUUCUUUUUAUUUUAAAUUUUCAAUGAUAAUGGCAGGUAAGAAAAACGAUUUGUGCAUAUUACAAGCACAGAAAAA